CGCGAAGUACUCGCGGUUUUCCUCGUUUUGUGUAUUCAUUAUGGCUGUUCAACCAAAACAAGAAUUGCAACUUGACAAUGUACAAGAACAGGGCUUUUUGGCAUUUUACAAGUCACUUCCUGAGAAGCCGAACACAACAUGUAGAUUUUUUGACAGAAAUGAAUACUACACGGCUCAUGGGCAAGAUGCUGUGUUUGUGGCUAAAGAAGUCUUUAAAACGUCGGGAGUCAUUAAGUACUUGGGUUCAGGCAGUCACAAACUGGAAUCUGUUGUCCUCAGUAAGAUGAACUUCGAGUCACUUGUUCGUGAUCUGCUGUUGGUGAAACAGUACCGAGUGGAGGUCUAUAAAAACAAGGGCGGUGUCAAAAACAAUGACUGGACUGUGGCAUACAGGGCAUCGCCAGGAAAUUUGACCCAGUUUGAAGAAAUUCUCUUUGGUAACAAUGACAUGGCUGCGUCUGUGGGUGUUAUUGCCGUCAAACUGGGAUCUGAUGGUGGACAGAGGUUAGUUGGAGUCGCUUAUGCAGAUGCCACAUUGAGAAAGUUCAUGAUCAGUGAAUUUACAGAUAAUGACCAAUUUUCAAACCUGGAGGCAUUAAUUGUCCAGCUUGGUCCCAAAGAAUGUGUUUUGAUGGCUGGUGAUCUGACAGGUGACGCUGGAAAACUAAAACAAGUUAUAGAACGAAGUGGUCUCUUGGUCUCGGAAAAGAAACGAAAUGACUUCUCCAAUAAGGAUAAUGUUCAGGAUUUGAACCGAUUACUCAAGUUUAAGAAAGGAGACCAGCCAAACUGUGCAACAAUGCCUGAGCUGGAUAAAACACAGGCAACGUGUGCACUGACGGCUGUCAUCAAAUAUUUAGAGCUUCUGUCAGAUGAAGGGAACUUUGGCCAGUUUUCACUGACUACGUUCGAUCUGAGUCAGUACAUGAAGCUGGAUGCUGCUGCCGUGAGAGCUCUCAAUUUACUGCCGAGUCCAAAUGAAGGUGGAAACAAAAACCAGAGUGUUCUGGGUUUACUUAAUAAGUGCAGAACUGCUCAGGGCCAGAGACUUAUGGGACAGUGGGUGAAACAACCCUUAAUAGACAAGAACAAAAUAGAGGAGCGGCUGAACAUCGUGGAAGCCAUGAUGGAGGAUGCAGAACUUCGUCAGACUCUUCAGGACGAACAGCUCCGCAAGAUUCCCGAUUUCCAAAGACUUGCCAAAAAAUUCCAGAGGAAAAAAGCCACAUUACAAGAUUGUUACCGUGUGUACCAGGCUAUAGACAAAAUGCCGUAUCUACUGGAAACCCUGGAAAAACAUGGUGGAACUCAUUUGUCUUUAAUCAUGGAGAUUUUUACAAAUCCUUUGAAGGAGUUGCUGAUGGAUUUUGCAAAGUUUCAAGAAAUGGUGGAAUCCACAAUGGACUUGAAUCAAGUGGAGAACCACGAGUUUGUCAUAAAACCGGACUUUGAUGAGGCUCUGGCAGCAUUGAGGGAAAAGAUGGAUGAUGUUGAAGCUGGAAUCAAAGGCCAAUUAAACAGGGUUGCUAGAGACCUUGGUCUGGAAGCCAACAAGACACUCAAACUAGAAAACAAUAACCAGCUAGGCUAUUUCUUUCGGGUAACGAGAAAGGAUGAGAAGUGUUUGAGGAACAACAAGAACUACAUAACAAUAGACACGAAGAACAAUGGCGUUCGGUUCCACAACAAUGCUCUGAGAAAGAUGAAUGAGGAAUACAUGCAAGCCAAGGAGGAUUACAAUGAACAGCAGAAAAGUGUUGUAGCAGAGAUCAUCUCUAUUGCAGCUGGCUAUGUGGAGCCCAUGCUUCUCAUCAAUGAUAUAAUCGCCCAGCUCGAUGUGCUCGUCAGCUUCGCCCACGUGUCAUCAAGUGCACCGGAGCCAUAUGUCCGACCAAAACUCCUGGAAAUGGGUAGUGGGAGUUUGAUGUUAAAGGAGGCACGGCAUCCGUGCUUGGAGAUGCAAGAUGAUGUUUCGUUCAUUCCAAAUUCGGUUUCUUUCGACAAGAAUGGUAAACUCUUUCACAUUAUAACAGGACCAAAUAUGGGAGGCAAGUCAACAUUCAUUCGUUCGAUUGGGGUGGUUGUCUUGAUGACCCAGCUUGGGUGUUUUGUUCCCUGCUCGGAAGCAGAAGUAACCAUUGUCGACUGUAUCCUGGCUAGGGUUGGAGCUGGGGACAGCCAACUCAAGGGGGUGUCUACCUUUAUGGCGGAAAUGUUGGAAACCGCAUCCAUUUUGAGGACAGCAACAAGAAAUUCUCUGAUAAUUAUUGAUGAGCUUGGCAGAGGAACUUCAACCUACGAUGGUUUUGGUCUGGCUUGGGCAAUAUCCGAGUAUAUUGCUACAAAAAUACAAUCUUUCUGCCUGUUUGCAACCCAUUUUCAUGAGCUGACAUCACUGGCUGAUGUGGUUCCAUCUGUAAAUAAUCUACACGUGACGGCAUUAACAACUAACAACACACUCACUCUUCUGUACAGAGUAAAACCAGGAGUUUGUGAUCAGAGUUUUGGUAUUCAUGUGGCAGAAUUGGCUCAUUUUCCAAAACAUGUUAUCGAGUUUGCCAAACAGAAAGCCAGUGAGCUUGAGGACUAUCAGAGCCUCAGCUUGGCAGGAACUGAUCUGGAGGGUGAAGGGGAACCGGCAGUUAAAAAACGCAAGCUUGCCAAACAGGAAGGUGAAGAGAUUAUUCAAGAUUUUCUAAACAAGGUGAAGGCCAUUCCCAUAUCAACAAUGACCGAAGCAGAGAUUCUGGCUGAAGUUGAAAUGCUGAAGUCUGAAGUUGAAGUCAAAAACAACCCCUAUGUGAUGGACAUAUUAGCUAGAAAGUCAAACACGUAGCAAGUUUUACCUAGCGUUGUGUCACAAGGGUUUUGAAACCACCUUGUAGUAAUGUCAAAGAUGAUCUAGAUGACUAAAUUUCUUCAAUCUAGAUUAAAAAAAAAAGUAUAGAAAUUUCAAGAAGGUAGAUGUGUUGGUUAAAAGAACAAGCUUGAUUUUGCCUUUUUUUACACAUCAAGUAAUUAAUAUCUUUGGAAAAAAAAGGAGUGCAGGGAACAUAUUCUUUUAAACAUUUUGAUUAGUGACAUUGCUAGUUGACUGAAAAUUGAUCAGCAAGUACAGAUUGUUUUAAAAUUAUGCGCCAUCUCUGAAACUUGUGUAUCGAAUUGCAAUGCGAUAUUGAACAAACUGUCUGGAAUGGGCAUAACAUGUUUGGCAUGUAUGUUGUUUAAAGGUGUACAUGAGUUAAAUAGCUAAAUUGUCCAGUGACAAUCAUUCUGGUGUACCUAUUGACCGCAAGGAUUUUGUCCUUUGUUUUACCUCACAAUUGUAGGUUUUCAUAUGGACUUUGUCAUCUAUCAUUCUGCUAUAACCAAAUGACUGGACUGCGAUUUCUGUAAACUGUCAUUCAAAGGGUUUUUUUGAGUGUAUAAAUUGAAAUCAUUAAAAGUAUUCACAUCGAAA